AUGGCAGAUUUAUACUUAGAAGAGCAAAGGAUAAAGACUGAAGAAUUUUUAGUAGAGCAAAAGAUAAAAAUUGAAGAAUUUUCAAUAAUGCUUACAGCUUUAUAUAUAAAUGACUCUGAUCAUCAUAGACAGCUCCAAACUGAGUUUAAUACCCUUUCUGCUUUGCCAAAGAACAUAGAUAAUAUGAUUAAAAAGUAUAAAGAUGAUCUUCGAAUUCAAUGCUUUUAUAGAGACUUCGCCAAACAAUGUCGCAUUACUCAAAUUUUAUUGAAUAAAAAAAUUUUCAAAAUCCAUAAGCAAAACUAUAAUAAUUCUUACAACUCAGAUUUCAAUUAUCUUUACAAUACUGACGAAAAUCUAAAUGGAACAGAAAUAUACAUUUACGAUAUAAAAUCUCAUAAAAGAACCUCAACAUGCGAAUUAAAAUCUUAUAAACCAAAUAGACGUUUAUUGUGCUUGAAAUUUGAUCUGGAUUUUUUGCUAAAUUUGAUAGAAAAUUUUUUGAUAGUGAGAUGUCUGCAUGGAAAAAUUCAAUUUUGAUAAUAUGCAUGAGGAAAAAAAUUCAAACAUACACCCUAUAGAAAUUCGCACUAAAAAAAUUUCUGACUAAUGAAGAAAAAGCAUGCACCGACGUUUAAUGAGUAAAAUAGCAAACUAUGUAAAAAUUUCGAACUCGCAUUUACUUAUAUUGGGAGCAGCUGAACAAUACAGCCGUAAAGGAUUAUUAAUGGAUCUAAAAACUAAAGCAAUAACCGAGAUGUUUAAUUUUAAUAGCCAAAAAGAUGUAUUUGACACUUUCAAUCAAUUUAUUUAUUAUGACAAUUAUUUAUUUGUAUUUGGGAACUUAGGUAUGUCAGGCUUAGCGAAAUAUGACAUAAAUCGGAACAAAUGGCAGAAAUUGGCAUUCCCGCAGCUGGAUAGAAGAGUUUUUGCUGUUCUUUUCCACAACUAUGUCUUAGUAAGCAGCUUUUACAACUCAACCUUUUAUUUAUAUGAUUUUUUAAUUAAUUCUCAUUCAGAAUAAUAAUAAAAAUGGGGUUGUCGAGAAGAUUUUUCUCUGAAGAAUUUCACUCCUUUGGCCAAUUUAUCAUUAUAGGGUUCAGUUUUCCCGGUAGGGUCUUAUCCAGCAAUAUCAGGUAAGCAACGGGGAGGGUGCACAGCCUCCUGGCAUGAUCCUUGGAUUUUUUUUUGACAUAGGGUUUUACUGCUUGACACUCCCGAGGAGGGAGACUCAUAGGCGGCACAACGCGCAGUAGUCAAGUUUCGAGCAAGGCAACGCAGCCCGUGAGAUCUGGCAGCCAAUUAACCGUCUAUUGCUUAGGAUGGUUCGUCGGCCCGAUAAAAAUGGUGAAGUCGGAAAUGCCCGUUGACGUCACUAGUUGGUGUCUAGGGAGACCCUUGUGGCAUUGCUAAAUCACCCUGCGGAGUCAAAGAAACAUGUUAAAACCUCUAACUAAUGUUAAUGUUAAUGAAUUUCAUUCGGAAAUUGGAUUUUAUGAGCAUGUAGAAAAUCGUAAAUUUUUAUUUACUAAUCAAAUUAGGGUUUAUUUAUGGAUUCAAAACAACUCUAUUUAUGAAAGCGAAGAAAAUAACCCAUUUAAAUGAAAUAUCAUAGGAAAUAAUAAUUUUGGAAUUCGUGAGUUGCCUUUUGAUAUAACUUUCAGCAGUUUUGAGGGGAAUAUUUAUGCUAGUCUUCUUAUAAGACCGAAGAUGUAUUGCUAUAAGCUUAAUGGCUACAUCUCAUUUGAUCCAAAAAUUUUGACAGGGACUUUUCUAGAAAUUUUUUCCCCAUAGGCAUUGAUUUGGAUUAAAGUUUUUGCCAAGCAAAUGUCUCACAAGGAAAAAUUUUCCAUAUAAUUAGAAUCAGUCCACCUUCUUUCCACUUGCAGCUGGUAAAACGCCAGGGAUCUUGUGAGGAUGAUGAGUAUUUGGCUAGGUUUAACUUAGUUUGAUGGAGCGAAAUUUAGGAAUAGGCUGAUGCAUUCCAGGUCAAGAUCUUACCUUUGGGGGAAGAUUCAAGCUUGUUGUAGAAAGGGAAGACUCAGCAAAGUCCUUGCACCAAAGCUUAAUAGAGAAAGUAAAGAAAUAGAAUUAAUUUAUCAAGGGGAAGUCAAUAGAUAA